UCUACCUGACCCUUCGAGCAAGAUUCAAUAUGAAAACAAACAUGGGUGUUGGAACAGAUAAUUUGGGCCUCACAAAUCAUAGAAUUUUUGAAAUAUUGCGAGAUGGAUUAGGAAGUAUUAAUACAAAAACUCAAAAUAUUAUUGACUGCAAAGGCGAUGUGUUAUAUUUGUGGAAUCCGGUGGAGCAGAACGUCCUAAUUUUGAACAUCAAGAAUGUGAAGGAGCAGAAUGCAGGAGGUACUAAAUAUCAGAUCGGUAUGGUGGGGUGA